GUUUUGCUAUUCACAAAACCCAGUUGUGUACCAAUGCCCGCUAACUGUGUUUCCAGCUGCGCUACUUUCGUACACACAGCGAAGCCGGUUGUCUGUUACUACAUAGAGGGUGGGGAAGUAACAGUGCGAAGAAAUGUCGAAGCGACGCAUCACCCAAGAAACAUUUGAUGCUGCUGUCCGGGAAAACAUUGAGGAGUUUGAGAUGGAUGCAGAUGAGGCUCUGAGGGAAGCCGUGGAGCAGUUUGAGUCUCAAGGUGUGGAUCUCACUUGCAUCGUGAAAGUUGUUCCUGCUGCAUCAUCUGAUGACAAUCAAGAAGAGCAAACUCACGAGGUCCUACAGGCUUUGGAAUCUCUCCGGAUUAGAAACAACACCGCCGCUCUGCCUGAUGCGACAGCAGACAUAAAAUGCUUCACUGAGCAGUGCUCACUUGGAUUUGCACAGAGGUACCUGGCUGCUCAGAAAGGCGCGUACCCAGUCAUUCUCUCCUACUGCAAAAAGUGCAUGGAGGAGCGUGAUUACACCUUGGCUGGGCUGUCUGCUCUGGCUGCGCUGACAGACGGACAGCCAGACCUGUUGGACAAAGAGGGACGGCAGUUUCUUGUCGAUGUUCUUGAGAAGCACCAGGCAGAUUCAUCUGUGACAUGUGUUGCCAUCUGUGUGGUGCGUCACUGCUGCAUAAAGCAUGAGCAGAACAGACAGGAUCUGGUAAAAGGCGGAAUUCUGCCGCUGCUUACUGGUGCCAUAACACGACACAGUGACUGCGCUGUGCUUGUCAAAGAGGCAGCCUGGGCCCUUCGGGUCAUGACAUUUGAUGACGAUCUCCGGGCUACUUUUGGACACGCUCACGAACACGCCAAGAGUAUUGUUCUAGAGCACAAUGGACUGAAGAUUUUAAUUGGGGCUGCAAAAGCUCAUCUUAGCAACACUUCUGCUCUGAGUGAACUGUGUGCCACUUUAUCCCGACUGGCUGUCAGGAACGAGUUUUGUCAAGACAUCUGUGAUCUGGGAGGGUUAAAAUUCAUGAUGACUUUACUUGCGGACAGCUAUGAAUCACCGGUAGCGUACACAGAAAAAACUAACAGAUGUGUUUUCUUUUCUUCUUCUUCUUCUUCUUCUUUUUUGAAUUGUUUAUUGCUCUUGCAGGAGUUGGUCCGGCAGGUCCUCAGUGCCAUACGGGCAAUAGCAGGAAAUGAUGAUGUGAAGGACGCAGUUGUUAAUGCUGGUGGGGUUGACCUUAUUGUUAUUGCCAUGAACCGACAUAUCAACAACCCUGCUGUCUGUGAGCAGGCCUGUGCAUGCCUCUCGGUUCUUGCCCUGCGAAAACCCAACAACUGUAAAGUCAUCGUGGAGAACGGAGGUGUCAUAGCUGCUGUGCAGGCCAUGAAGAUCCAUCCGGGUUCUAUGAAUGUACAGAAACAAGCAUGCAUGCUGAUAAGAAAUCUUGUUGCAAGAAUGCGCAGCUACUGCCAACAAAUCCUGGAGCUGGGAGCAGAAGGUCUUAUAUGUCAGGCUGUGGAAACGCACAGAGACUGCGGAGACAUCGGUAAAGCUGCUCUCAGAGAUCUGGGAUGCAAAGUGGAGCUUCGAGAGCUGUGGACUGGGAAACAUGGCAGCAUUACCAACUAAGAGUGGAAUAAAACAACAAUGGUCAUAUUACAGCUUUAAUAUCUUCAAAGAAUGCUGUAAGGUUGCUACACUGUGUUCAUGGACAAUGAUUAAUACAAAUACACCCAUCUGGUUUCAAUGUAAAUGUUAGUACACAGUUAAUGUACUCUGGUAAAACCCAAAAGUCAAUAUUCCAAAAAAUAAAAAAAGAAUGAUACAGCAUUGCAAACAUGUGAAAUACAAUGCAAAUAGAAUUUUGUACAACUUUUUUAUUUAACUAUUUUUAAUGUUUGUUAGGUGUAAAUUUUUGUUCUUUCUGUUCAGUAUUGUAAUAAUUUAUCUCAUAUUGGCUGAGCCUCAAAAACAAUUGUGUCUGGCACUGCUAAUUUUCUUUUUUAGUUUUAUUUUUAUUCUCCAUUUACCAUCAAGCAUCUUUAUAUUAUUAAAUUUUGUUUACUCUUCUAAUUUGCAUUCAUAUAGGCAUAUUCAAUAUGACUGAAUAUGUCAACGUUCGUAGUCUUUGUGAAAGUGAACGCGGUCUUUCCCACAAUGUCACAUUUAUAUUCAUAAAACAGGCACUACUGAAGUUCUGAAUUGACCCUGAAUAAAAAAGUAAACAAAUC